AUGGUUCACAAAGACCAAAAAUCGGCCAUGAAUCUCCGUUUGUCAUUUGGGUCUAAGCCUGACCAGCUCGUGAUUCCAUCGCCAGUCAAAGACAAACCCACGGUCAACGGUGAUCGCCCGAUCGCUGAGGUUGGUUUUAAAUCUCAGGGAUCACCGCCGCACCAAGUCAAAACUUUUCGCGACCUUGGUAAUAUAGGGGAGACCUUUUUUGAUUCUCAACCUUGGUUAGAAUCAGACUGCGAAGGUGAUUUCUUCAGUGUUAAUGGCGAUUUUACGCCUUCUCGUGGUAAUACUCCAGUCCAUCAGAGCUUCUCCAUGGGAACUCCAAAGAGAGUCAAUGGAGUUCUUUCUGAGGAAAGAGCCCCUGGUUCCAACCUUGUACUUACUCCGACAGAAAAGAAAAUGAAACUAGGUGAACUCUUUAAAGCGCGCUCACAAGAUGACCGGGAUGCUGAUGAGCAAAAUCUAUUAGGAAAUGAAAAAGGUGCAAACAGAAAGAUGGAGGGUAAGACACCAGCUCGUGACCUGCCUCCAAAAUCCAUCAAUGGGACACCUUAUGUAUCUGGAGCUAACUCUGUCUGUGGUAGCGAAAGAACUCCUAAUGGAGAUUUAAAAUCAGAGGAGAAACCAGGAAGGUCAGCGCAGUGUUGCCUUCCAAGGCUGCGUUCAAGCCGUAGCUUUAGUGAAAGGAAGAAGAAGAUGAGCCCCACCAUUAGUGUUGGGUGA